AUGCACUCGAUAAACGAGGUUCAAAUUUUAUGCGCCGGCCUCUUCCAAAACGGAUUUCCGGAUAUCGGUUUAAAAAGCCACGAAUCCAGUGCUUCCCGAGGGGCCGGGAGUCGCCCCUGUGCCGGAAAAUCUUUUGUGCAAAAAACCGGACUUCUGCGUGCGUUGGUGGGAGCCCUAAAGAAGCCUGUAGCGGCCCGCAAGGCGGUGCCGAAGGGUCGACCUCGGGAUGCCAAAGUGGCGGGCGGCGUAGGCGAUUGGGACCUUAUCCUGUACAGCGGCAACGGCCUGCUCGAUCUCCUUUUCGGUAUACGGUUUCUCCCGCAUCUCGCCGUUAGAUUGCAGCAAAAACUGCUAGGUAUUAGGUUGAUGAUUUGUUGUUGCACGAAAAAGGAGAAGUCCGUUAGCCCGCAGGGGCUUGGCGUGUAUUGGUUAAAUACAGUUACGUUACGUGUUUGUACGUUAUUAUUAAUAAUAAAACGUUUUUUCCUAAUUAAAAAAUUGCUAUUUCCUUAA